AUGGAAAAUUCUUUGAAUACCAAGAGGAUCAGAACUGAAAAGCUUGGAAUAGAAGGUGUUAGGGGGCAAAUAGAGGAGUAUGCUAGAAUACUUGAUCUGAAACAUGUGGAUGUUAACGAGCUGAUGGACAAAAUAAUCUCUGGGUGGUGCGAAGACAUGACCAGAAAGGAAGUUAUGGACUACUGCAGUGAGACGGCUGCAUCCAUGAUUACCAAGCAUCCUGAGUAUGGGCGAAUUUCGUCGAGAAUUGUUGUUUCGUACAUCCACGAGGUCACGAUGGAUUCCUUCAGUGAGAAAAUCAAGUACAUACAAAAGCACCGAGGGACGAUUUCCGAAGAGAUGUAUGAAAUAAUACUGGAGAAUAAGGAGACCAUUGACGCCAUGAUAAACUACGAGAACGAUUUUCUGUUCAGUUAUUUUGGAAUACUUACCUUAAUGAAGUCCUAUCUUAUAAGGGUGGGAGACGAGAUUGUUGAGAGACCCCAGGAUGUGUUUAUGAGAACAGCUCUGCAGAUCCACAAGACUGACUUCGAGAGGGUGAAGGAGACCUAUGACAUGCUUUCGGAGCACUACUUUACACAUGCAACGCCAACUCUUUACAACUCAUGCCUCAAGAAUCCUCAGCUUGCAAGCUGCUUUCUUAUAUCGCCGAAGGAAGACUCUAUUGAGGGUGUGUAUCACAUGGUGAACCAAGCGGCGAUUAUAACGAAGUACUCUGGAGGGAUAGGACUCAAUCUCCAUAGCAUCAGGUCGAAGGGGUCCCCUCUAAAGAACACUGGGGGAAGAAGCAACGGAAUUGUCCCACUAAUCCAAGUUUUCAAUGCAACGAAGAGAUACAUCAACCAAGGGGCUGAGAGAAGGCCUGGGUCGAUAGCGAUUUAUCUUGAACCGUGGCAUAUGGAGAUAUUUGACUUCUUGGACAUAAGAAAGAACACAGGGCCUGAAGAUCUCCGUGCAAGAGACAUGUUUAUUGCUCUGUGGGUCAAUGACCUGUUUAUGGAAAGGGUCAAGAACAACGAGGAAUGGUCCCUGUUCUGCCCGAGCCAGGCUGUUGGGCUAGAUGAGGUGUGGGGAGAGGAGUUCAAUGCACUGUAUUGCAAAUAUGAAAAGACCAUCAGCAGGACUGUGGUCCCGGCGCAGAAGCUGUGGAAGGCUAUAAUAGAGGCGCAAAUUGAGACUGGGACGCCAUAUAUGUGCUACAAGGAUGCAUGCAAUAGGCUCAGCAAUAUGCAACAUCUUGGGACUAUCAAGUCGUCGAACCUUUGUGCAGAGAUAGUUGAGUAUUCCUCAGGAGAUGAGACUUCUGUGUGUAAUCUUGCAUCUAUUUCCCUUCCCAAGUUUGUUAAGAAUGGGGUGUUUGACUUUGAGUCUUUUAGGAGCAUAGUUCGGAUAAUAACGAUAAAUCUGAAUAGGGUGAUAGAUUGGAGCUACUAUCCUAUUGAGGAGGCAAAGACAUCAAACAUGAGGCACAGACCCAUUGGGAUAGGGGUGCAAGGGCUAGCGGACCUGUUUGCGAUUUUGAGAUUUCCGUUUGAAAGUGAUGAGGCAAGGAAGCUGAACAAGGAAAUUUUCGAGGCCAUGUACUACUCUGCACUGGAAGCGUCAUGUGAGCUGGCUGAAGCCGAAGGGCCAUUUGAGUCUUACGAGGGAUCGUCGAUAAGCAAAGGGAUUUUCCACUUUGAGUUAGCUGGAAAGAAGGCAUCUAACAAAUGGGAUUGGGAGGGGCUUCGAGAAAGAAUCAAAAGGUAUGGGACGAGGAACAGCCUUCUGAUUGCACUGAUGCCAACUUCUGGGACCUCGCAGAUAUUUGGAAACAACGAGGCGUUUGAGCCGUAUGCAUCGAAUAUAUACACAAGGAGAACGCAUGCAGGAGAGUUCCAGAUUGUCAAUCAAUAUCUAAUUGACGAUCUUGUGAAGCUAGGGUUGUGGUCCUAUGAAAUGAAGAACCUGAUUGUCGAGAACGAAGGGUCGAUCCAGAAUAUCACUUCGAUUCCAUCGAAGAUUAGAGAAAUCUAUAAGACUGUCUGGGAAAUAAAGAUGAAGUCUGUGAUAGAUCUGGCAGCAGAUAGACAGGCGUUUAUCGACCAAUCUCAGUCUCUGAAUAUAUUUAUAGCAAAGCCGACAUACUCUCAGCUUACCUCGAUGCAUUUUUAUGGAUACCACUGCGGACUGAAGACUGGGAUGUACUAUCUGAGGACAAGGCCCAUAACGUCGGCAAUCAAGUUUACGGUGGACAAGAAGCUUGCAGAGAAAACGCUAUCCUCCAUGAACUACGAUGCCGAUGAGCCUUGCUCGAUGUGCUCUUCUUGA